AUGCGAGCCAUUGUUCCUCUGGUGGUACUCACCCUCCUGGUUCAGUCUGAUUCCUACAGAAUUCAGAUUCGACGGGAUCCAAAUUUGGCCAAACGAGAAACCCUGUCACGUGAAUAUGAUCUGGAUGAUCCUAACGAGUUCGCGCUGGCAAUGGGAUUACCGACGGUGGAACGACUGAGGCCAGAGGACAAUCCAGUUGUACAGCGGAGUAUUAUGCGAUAUGGUUGA